UCGCUGUCACGGGCACCUGUGCCAGUGUUCCUAGCUAUGAAUCUGAUCGGCGAGGUCGGGGUGCGGAGUGCUGUGGAUUUUGAAGUAAGAGUAUCAGAUCUGGGGCGGUACGCGCCCUUAUCGCAGAAUACAGACCGGCUCAGUACUCCGGGCACGGGUCCGGAAAAGCGGCAAGCCUCAGAGCACCGGUCCUGGCUAAACGGAGCAUAGUGCAGGAUGGACUGGAAGGAAUCGCAGUCAUGCAACGACUGCCCUUGGGAAAUAGUCGGAGUCGUGGAUCCUGGAACUGCCUUGGUGAUGCCGCCGUCACUGUCGCUUCGUCGGGAUGGGACGCGCGCGGGCUUAAGAGCAGCUCCCCGCGGGGUAUUUAUGAUACCACUAUCGAAAGUAUCGAGACUAUCAUCGUUCGCCGCGAAGCCCAUCUGCCAAAAUUCAGAUCGCGCGCGUGUCCAGGAGAUCGUCCGAAUUCAGAUAGCUCUAGCUAGACUCUCCACAGACAUCGGUGACUCGACUUGACGACGCUGAACUCAAUACGUCACCGGAAACGGCAUGGUAUCAACAGAAGCCAGUCAAUUUCCGCUGCGGAACUACGGAGGCGCACUGGGAUCCUGAUUCCUCUACUUACUGCAUCCGGAAGAAGGACACUGGACGAUCCAGACGCUUGGCGACAUCAGCUCACCGCCCACUUGCUCUCUUCCUCGCACGCACUACUUACAAUCGCACCGUCUGGCGAGGCGCAUGCCCCCGUUCAUGGAGCGUCUCAAGCGCGCCAGCUCUGGCAUCGGCAUGCCGUGGGACAAGACCGAGCAGCCUGGCUGGGGAGCCAUCGAGACGCACCGCGCGCUGUACGAGAACCUCACGAACCCGGACCAGCGCCAGGCGCAGGCGAUUCGGGAGAACAUAAAGAAAGCGAGCAUGGAACGCGGGGUACAGUGCGGGAUCUGUCUGCGGGAUAUGCAGCUGUCGUCGACGCCGUGGCAGGCGGCCAAGGACCAGUUGCACAUACCGCGCAGGGAGCGGAUCUUAUAUGGGCUAUACUUCAAGUCGUGCAAGCACGCGUUCUGCGGGGCGUGCUUCUCGUCCUCGAUCUUCAGGCACCUCAAUGUGAUAUUCAACCCCCGUGUAUACGGGACGGUGAUGGGGCCCAUGGAGAUGUCUGAGCCGGGGCUGAAAGCCAACUUCGUGCGAGCCGAACUGUGCCCGGGCUGUCCCCCCGGCAAACGCGCGUCUAGGAUCUCGAGGAACAUCGCGGAGAUCGUCCUGGGGCCAGAUAACAUGCAAGAUUGGGACUUUGCGGAACAUCUCGCGUCGAUGGACAUCCUUGACUGCCCAUACCGCUGCGGGGAGAGUUUCGACCUGGCCACGUCGCCGACGCUCAGAGGGAAACCGGCGGUGCAGGUGCAGUGCCUGCGGUGCCGCGGCUAUAUCUGCAAAGCGUGCAGGUGCAAGUGGCAUGAAGACUUGACCUGCAGCGCGUACCGAGUCCUGCCUAUGCACCGACAAUCCAUAGGAGACCGAGAGUUUUUGGAGUUGAUCGAGCGUGAGAGCUGGAAACGAUGCCCGAAAUGUCGGCAGACCAUCGAGCGACAGGUGCAGUAUCAUCUCCUCCCCUCUGGACUCCCAUCUGACAAUCACACGCCACCUCAGUAUGGAUGCAACCACAUGACCUGCGUUUGCGGGCACCACGUCCGUUGCGCCGCCCUCAUUGACUCGCUCAUUUCGCUGACCCAUCCGCAGUUCUGCUAUGCAUGCGGGGCAGAUUUCGCGCAAGUCAACGGCCGUUUCCGCUGCUCCGGCACCGGAUGCAAGGUGUGGCCGUGGGAACAAAAGGUUCCCUGACACGGAUGAAGAUGAAUCGCGACGGAUGUGGACGGAUGUGUGUGCCUUUUUUGGUGGACCUGGAUGAUACCCAAACGAGUCGUAAUUUGUGAUUUCCUCUCCUCUCCAAGUCUGCCCAGUAGUCGUUUCGGUGUCACCGGCAGGACAGGACGGGGAGCGCGUUGUUGAGAGCGGCCGGAAGAUGAGCGUGCAGAGUGGACUUGUCUGUCGAAUGAACUUCAUUUAUGUUGGUCAGCCGCACCUUGAAACAGAUAGCUCGAGAAAGACAGAUACGUCGCGCAGAUUUUCGAUACAGCGUAUGAUAUAGAUUCUGUUCCAGGGCAUGACGGAAAAGUGGGGUCAUAUCUCAGUGGCUGCGAAUUUCGAUUCAGACCUCGGCGGGAAACUGUAAGAUGGCUGAUGAAAUAGUACCUGAUACAAUCCACAAUGAACCUCUGAACACUACCGGUCAUCAUGUAUUACCUGCUCAGCCCCAGACUUGACUUGCAGCACUUACCGGGUCCUGCAAGUGCACCGACUAUCUGCAGGAUAUCGAAAAUUCAUGGAUUCGGCGGGCCAUGCUCAUUGGAAGCUAUGCCCGAAGGUGAGAUAGCUGUAAUAAAUCAGCAUUGCAGGAUUGCAUGGCUCGCGAGUAUGGAUUCGGGUGAGUGAUUCUACACGCUACUCAAUGUUCUGC